AAAUAUGUAAUAAUUAUUACGAUAUAUAAUUAUAAAAUAAGAUAUUUUGGCGACUUUAUUUUGUGACGCUCAGCUUGCACAACAUCUGUUGUUUAUGUACGCCAUACAAUACAUGAGCCUAAGGCAUUUUUCUAAACAUUUCAGUAUGUCCAAAAGAAACCAUAGCCAGCAUCUGGCACAGGGACUAGCUGAAUGCUCAAGGAAAGCAGGUCUGAGGCAAGGAACACCUGCUGUAGCCUAAUGGCGCCGUUACGCGCGGCACCACUGUUACACUUCAGAAAACCGUUAGUCUGCACCCGUUUAAUCUCCGAGGACGCUGUUACUCCCUGGAGACCAAAUAGGUGCAUUUGAUUGGGUCGAAAGUGUGAAACCGCGGCAUGAAGAAACGCAGACCGGGAGAACGUCGAGUAUAUUAGCUCUAAAUCAAAUCAUGCCCUCCUAGUUCUGCAGACGGAGCUUAGCUCAUCGAGAUGCAAAGAGACGGAAAAACGUUUGAUGGUAUUUGUCCCAACCAAGUGAGGCAAAAAUGGACGAACGCUGUCACAAACAAAACGGAUAAAGUGCUUGUGCCAAGAAGCAGCAGUCCCGUCACUGUGUAUGUUGAGUUUCCAUGUAUCAUCGAACAAGCUUUCUCAACAAUUGCAUGGGAUGAUUUGGAAGAGGGUGUGCCCUCUAUGAGACAGGAGAGAGACUCCCUCGGCUGUCAGGAAUUGGAUGCAAAUGACCAGGAUUUUGGAGAAUAUGGGCUGGAUUUCAUGGCAGCUUCGCCUACAACCCUGGAGAGCAGUUUGUCUUCAGCUGAGCUGGUACCUUAUCAAGGAUAUGUUAUACCUCCCCUCACCCCUCAGCACAACCUUUCACCAGAAGACAGUCUGGUUAACUCAUCUGCAGAAACAGGCAACCCACCUGCCCAGGAUGGAGAUUCCUGGAAAGGGAUAGCAGAGUGUCAUGGAAAGGCACUGGGACAUAGCAUAGCAGUCAACAAACAGCUCCAUGAGUCCCUCCAAAGUCAACAAGACGAGAUUGAUUGUCUUGAAGAAAGAAACGUUCACCUCAGGCAGCUGGCUAAUCGAGCAAAGCACCUAGCCUCUGUGCUUGAAAAAUUGAUGACAGUCAGAGACUCAAAUGUAAAAGAACCAGUAUUGCCUUAUGGUGGUGACAAAACCUCACUGAGUCCUUGUAAGCGCCAGCGACUGGAUGAAGGAUAUGAAACUGAAUCCUCUGACUCAGUGGAGGACAUGUUGAGGGAUAUUAGCACACGCUGCAAUGCUGUACUUCACAGCAGCUCUACAGAAACAAGGCUGCAACAGGAAUCAAAGACAAUAUCCAUGUAUGGUGCAUUCUCAGGCCUGCAGACAUCCAUAGCUAAAGACAGCAACAUGACUGUGGAUGCAGCAGAAGCUGGAGAGAGUGUCUCAUCUUUUAGGACCUCUGUCAGAGAACACAGCACUAUAAGAACUCAGGUCUUUCCUCACGGACAUGCCUUUACCUCAAGGACUCAGCAAGGAGGAUACCGCUUUCGCUGGGUUCCCAAACAAAGCUGAAAUGAGAGAUUAGCAAAUAAAGCUGGAGUUGUUAUGUGGCUCUGAUUAGUCAUAUGCAGAUGCCCUAAUUCUGUUGGGUGGACAGAAGUGUAUGUGUGGGCUGCAACUGUUAAUGCUUAACUUAUAAUCUAUAGUGAUAUCUGUAAGUGAUUCAGGGAUGUCUUCCUCAGGUAGCUUGAAAGCUAAUCAUUCAGAGAAGAGGUGCUUAACAAAGGAAAUUAAACUGCCCAAGCUGUUGUUUACAUUGCGUUUUAGUUUACAUAGUUUAAUAUUUGUUUAUGUUUGCAUCUCGCUAUAUAUUUGUUGUCCUGGAAAAUGCCAGUGAUUUUACAUAUUUGGAAAUAAAAAUGUUUUUAAAAGUGUAAAACAAUGUGUACAUUUUCAU